GUAGUCUUCGUUCACACGGAUGUAACAACCUCUAUGUACCUUCGCGUCUCUUUCCUUGCAACCCGAACCACGCCAAUUUUUUAAGAGGCUUUAAACAAAAUUAAAAAAAUAAAAUAAUUUCUUUGCCACUCAAAAUCCUCUAUAAAACCCGCUUUCCGUUGUCCUUCUCUUCCACACUCCCAAGACAUCUCUCUCUCUCUCUCUCUCUCUCUCUCUCUCUCUCUCGGAGUGCACUUAAUGGAUAAGCUAAGCAAAUGUGGCGCUAACUACGUGCCCCUUUCACCUGUUACCUUCCUGGAGAGAGCGGCUACUGUCUAUGCCGACCGUACGUCGGUCAUCUACGAAGGGACCCACUUCACAUGGAAGCAGACAUAUGAUCGGUGCUGCCGCCUUGCCUCCUCCCUCCGAUCCCUCAACGUGACCAAGAAUGAUGUUGUGUCAGUGCUGGCACCAAAUGUUCCAGCCCUCUACGAGAUGCAUUUCGCGGUGCCCAUGGCCGGGGCUGUGCUCAACACCAUAAAUACACGGCUUGACUUUAACAAUGUGGUCACCAUUCUCCGGCACUCAGAAGCCAAGGUGUUCUUCGUGGAUUAUCAAUACAUCAAACUGGCCGGGGACGCCCUCAAGUGCCUUGCCGGUGAUAAGUCCGUCGCGGCCUAUGCAUCGCUACCGUUGGUUGUUGUGAUUGACGAUGUUCAUGCACCGACAGGUGUCAGGUUGGGCCAGCUGGAGUACGAGGAGCUGGUGCAACGUGGCAACCCCAGAUACGUUCCGGAUGUUCUUGAUGAUGAAUGGGAUCCGAUCGCACUGAAUUACACGUCAGGCACCACGUCGGCCCCCAAGGGAGUGGUCUAUAGCCACCGUGGAGCCUAUCUCAGCACUCUCAGCCUACUUCUUCAAUGGGAAGUAGGGACUGAGCCCGUCUACAUGUGGUCACUACCCAUGUUCCACUGCAAUGGCUGGACCUUCACUUGGGGAAUGGCCGCACGUGGUGGCACCAACGUGUGCAUCCGCAGCACGUCUGCAGCGGAGAUGUACCGUGCCAUCUCCAAUCACAGUGUGACCCACAUGUGCUGCGCGCCGGUCGUCUUCAACAUGAUCCUAGAAGCCAAGCCGACAGAGCGCUGCCCAAUCACGCCUCCAAUCCAAGUACUCACUGGUGGGGCCCCGCCCCCAGCCCCUCUACUGGAGAAGAUGGAACAGCUCGGAUUCCACGUGACUCACGCCUACGGCCUCACAGAGGCGACGGGGCCCGCCAUGGUCUGUGAGUGGCAAGCAAGGUGGGACCAGCUGCCACGCGCUGACCAAGCGAGGCUCAAGGCCCGGCAGGGCAUCAGCGUGCUGACGCUUGCUGGUGCUGACGUGAAGGACCCUAUUACGAUGAAGAGCGUGGCACGCGAUGGGCAGUCUGUUGGGGAGAUCGUUCUACGUGGCAGCAGCAUCAUGAAGGGGUACUACAAGGACCCCACGGCCACGUCAGAAGCCUUCAAAGGUGGUUGGUUCCACACGGGGGAUGUGGGCGUGGUCCAUCCGGAUGGAUACGUGGCGAUCAAGGACAGGUCCAAGGACGUGAUCAUCUCCGGUGGGGAGAACAUCAGCAGCGUUGAAGUUGAGACUGUGCUAUACAGUCACCCAAUGGUGUCAGAGGCCGCAGUAGUAGCAAUGCCGCAUCCGCGCUGGGGUGAGAGCCCAUGCGCCUUUCUGGCCUUGAAAAAGGAGCACUUGAAAGGUGACCGCGUAAAAAUUGACGAGGAAAAAAUCAUUCGGCAUUGCAGGGAUAAUCUACCGGGUUUUAUGGUGCCAAAACGGAUAGUAUUCUUAGAAGAGCUACCCAAAACUUCUACAGGAAAAAUUCUUAAAUUCCAGUUAAGGGAAGUAGCUAAAACACUGCCAAGCACAGAUAAACCUUUCCAAAAAUUGCCAACCAAGUCCAGCCGUCCGACCACCAGCAGCAACCUGCGAUUAGACCCGCAUGAACCGCAGGUGCUUGCUCAGUCCCGCCUCUAAGCUGGACAUUCUGUGGACAUGUACAUAGCAGCAUAUCCAAAGAAGAGAGCUUGUUUUAUUAUUAUAAUAAUAAUGACGUUUUUUUUUUUUUUUUUUU